UUCACUAAUCACAAAUUCACAAUGUUUUGAAAUUUUGAAUUGUUCAUUUGUAUUUACUACUUUGGUGGUACGUACAUAAUUGGGAUUUGUACCUCAAAUUCUGUUUCUUGUUAUACGUGACUGAACUAGUUGAAUCAAGAACGUACAUAUUUCUCGCCAUUGGAUGUGGGAAUAAGAACUGGAAUAAUUAUGAGUAAGUAUUCGAGUGAUUCAAACUCGCGUGACAGAACUAGAAGUUAUAGUCGUUAUUAUAACCAAAGGCACAGGUCUUCAAGUUCUUCAUCUACAGAUAGUUCAAAAUAUUCAAGAAAAAAACAUUCAAGCAGGUCUGGAUCAAGAUACCAUAAAAAAUCGAAGCGUAGACACAGAUCCAAUAGUUCAACAGAUCAUUCAUCGUCAAGACAUAAACGUUCAAGCCGUUCCUACCGGAGAGAUGAAAGUCGUUCAAAAAGAAAACAUCGUAGAAAAAGUUCAUCUACUAGUUAUGAAUCAAAUAAUUCCAAUUCUUCAUUUAAAAAUCAUCAAUCUAAAAGUUCUAAAACAUUCAAUGACAAUGAAAAAAAUAAAAAGCUACAAGAUGAUUUGUUAGUUGGGAAAUCUGAAACUAUUAACAAAAAUGAUCAUGAUGCAAAUUGGCUUCAAAAAAAUGUUUUGGAUGUUGUGAAAAGAGAAAAUUCAAUUGAACAGAUCAAUCAAGAAGGAUUUGUUUUUAAAGUUUUCAAUCCAUCAUCUGAACAAAAAGAAGAGGAAACUACAGACAAAAUCAAAUUUGAUGUUCUAAAAAUGAAUGAAGAAGUUACUAGUACUUUGCCUACAGAAGAAUCAACUUUUAUUAUAUGCAAUCCAGAAAGAUUAUUGAAUGCAAGGUAUAAAUUACUUACAAAGCAAGAGCGGUGCUUAAGCUGGGCAAAGAAAUUAUUUGAAUCUUACAAUCAGUCUGAGCGCAACGGUGGACAAUUUAAAGAUUAAUGUAACUGGAAGUUAUUUGUUCAAUAUUAAUCUUUUAAAUACCACUAGAAUUUGAUUUGCAAGUACUACCUUUAAACUAUUUUAUUAAUUUUAUUUGUUUUUUUUUUUUAAAAAGAUCCAAAGACAUUGUAUUGAGAAAUUAUAUUUUUGCAAGGAUGUUUAAGAAAAAUUAAAUCAACAUUCAAUUAAC